AUGAAUUGGACCACGGUUUCGAGGACAUUGCCAUCGCCAUGUUCACUGCCACAAGCGUGCACUAGGGCUCGUCUCUCGAAGGGCAGCCUUGCUACGUUCACCAGACAAUUCAGCGCUGCUGGAAGGCGUAAUGGACCCUACGACUUUAACUCGCCCGAAGCCAGACCACUUGAUGGCGUCACAGUCGUUGCCCUCGAACAAGUAAUCAGUGGCCCGUACUGCACACGACAGCUGGCCGACCUUGGCGCGAGAGUGAUUAAGAUCGAGCGGCCUGGCACAGGAGACUUCGUCCGGUACCACGACAAGCGUGUGCUCGGACAAUGCUCUCACUUUGUCUGGACCAACCGCAAUAAAGAGUCAUUGGAGCUCGACGUCAAGAAGGACGAGGACAUUGCAACGCUCAGGAAGCUCCUCAAAAAAGCGGACGUGUUCGUUGCAAAUCUUGUGCCUGGAGCAACGGAGCGGCUGGGGCUGGGAUAUGAGAAGCUAAAGGAGCUCAACGACCGACUGAUAGUGUGCGAGAUAUCAGGAUAUGGCGGUGAUGGUCCGUACAAGAAGAAGAAGGCAUACGACCUGCUCGUCCAGUCCGAGGCUGGCCUCUUGUCAAUAACUGGCACGCCGGAAACAGCAUCAAAGGUUGGCGCCUCAAUAGCAGACAUCUCUGCGGGCAUGUACGCAUACUCUGGAAUCAUGGCAGCUCUGUUGCAGAGGGCAAAGACAGGCAAGGGCUGUUACCUCGACGUCAGCAUGCUGGAAAGCAUGACAGAGUGGAUGGGCUUCCCUAUGUACUACGCUAUGGAUGGACAGCCACCGCCUCCGAGAGCUGGGGCAAGCCACGCGUCAAUUUACCCUUACGGCCCGUUCGAAGCGAAGGACGGCACGGUUAUGCUGGGUCUUCAGAAUGAGCGCGAAUGGGUCAUACUCUGCGAAAAGGUGCUCGAUCUGCCUGAUCUGGCCAAAGAGGAACGCUUCAUCAACACAGACUCGCGUUCCAACAACCGCAAAGAGCUCUACCCAAUUAUCUGCGAAGCUCUAUCGCGUUUCACCUCGGCAGAGGCUACACAACGACUCGAGGCAGCUGGCAUCGCGAAUGCGAACCUCAACAGUAUGGAAGACGUCUGGAACCAUCCCCAGCUACACGCGAGAAGACGAUUCCGGGAAAUGGAGACAGAGGCUGGCACCGUUCGCACGCUCAUACCGCCGGGAAUGUCUGCUGAUGUCGAGCCGCGCUUGGAUCCUGUGCCUUCGAUAGGGCAGCACAACAAAAAAAUCAUGGCUGAGCUUGAUGCUCAAUAA